AUGGAUAUGAUCGUGAAAGAUUGGAUAAAGUUAAAAAGUGAUAAGGAGAGAAACUUGAUGAUCCAAAGAGCGCAGAAUGCACGUGUAAUUACCAUCUUCUCCUACAGUCUAAUGGCAUUAGGAUGCUGCUCCGUCACAGUAUUACCGAUUUUUGGAAUGUCAACAAGAAUGUAUUCUAAUAUUACCGAUCCAGGAAAACCAUUGCCUUUACAAACUCAUUAUAUUUAUGAUAUAACGAAAAGACCGCAUUACGAACUGACAUUUUUUAGUCAAGUCGUAUAUACAGCAGUUGCCAUGACAGCCUAUGCUGGAAUAGACAAUUUUCUUAGUCUCGUAAUUUUUCAUAUAUGCGGCCAAUUCGACAUUCUCAAAAAUCGUUUAACACGUUUGGAUAAAUACAUAAACUAUCGCAAAAUGCUGAAAUGCUGCAUAGCAAAUCAUAUCCCAUAUAACAAUAAAUGGUACACUUUAAAUUCAGAAACUGUAGAAGAUUUGUUGCUUAUAAUGACAAGAGGUUCUAAACCAGUUUAUCUCACCGCUGGAAAAGUGUCCCCUGUUACAAUGACUACAUUUUGCAGUUUGAAAGUCGAACCCGAAUCUCUGGCAUUCCGAGCGAGCGUACUAAGCCUUUAG